AUGGCGAGCACGGGAAAGAUGUCGUUGAAGAGAAAGUUCGUUCAAGCUGGGGUUUUCAAGGCCGAGCUUGAUGAGUUUCUAAAGCGUGAACUUGCUGAGGAUGGUUACAGUGGAGUUCAGGUGCGAGAAUGUCGCAAAUACACCGAAGUGAUUAUUCUGGCAACAAAAACCCAAAGUGUUUUGGGAGAGGGAUCGCGUCGAAUUCGUGAACUGACCUCUGUUUUGCAAAAGCGAUUUGGCUUUCAGGAAGGUGCAUUGCAACUGUUCACCGAAAAAAUGACCUACCGUGGUCUGAGUGCUAUCGCUCAGGCGGAGUCGCUCCGUUACAAGUUGACAUAUGGCCUCCCUGUCCGAAAGGCUUGCUAUGGCAUACUUCGAUUCAUCAUGGAGUCCGGAGCCCGGGGUGCGGAAGUAAUUGUUUCCGGGAAGAUCAAGGGACAGCGUGCUAAAUCGAUGAAGUUCUCUGAUGGUCUGAUGAUUCAUUCCGGGGAUCCUGUAAAUUCCUAUAUUGACAAGGCUGUCCGUCACGUUUUACUACCACAAGGAAUCCUGGGCAUCAAAGUAAAGAUUAUGAUGAAUCACGACAGCACCGGUAGGACUGGUCCUCGAAAGCCCUUGCCUGAUACGGUCACCAUCCUUGGCGCCAAGGAGGAAACAAACCCGACUGUACCUUAUUCGGAAAACAAGAUCGGAGUUCCCUAUAUUCCGGUUGAACUGCAACGUAUUGUUCAGCUAGUGCUAAAAUGA